CCUAAGAAUUUUGCUCUUCCUUUUUCCUCAUCACUUAACAAAUGCUAUCAUCAUUGCACUUUUAUGGUUAUAAUAUUCCAUUUGCAAAUGUGAAAUUUUCUCCUUUAAAAUCCAAGAUUAGGGCCUCUAGUCUCUUUGUAAGCAACAAAUCUCACAUUUACUUAGCCAUGGAACAAGAAAGAAAAGAGGGAGUACUUCAAGAGAGAUCAAUAGAUAUUAGUCUCAAAGACCUAUCUAAGCAGCUUGAAGAAUUUGCUAAGGUUAGAAACUGGGAAAAGUUUCACAGCCCUAGGAAUUUGCUCCUUGCCAUGGUAGGUGAAGUAGGGGAGCUAUCAGAGAUAUUCCAAUGGAGAGGAGAAGUAGAUAGAGGGUUACCAAAUUGGAAGGAAUCAGAUAAAGAGCAUCUUGGUGAAGAAUUAUCUGAUGUAUUGCUUUAUCUUAUCAGAUUGGCUGAUAUUUGUGGCAUUGAUCUUGGUGAUGCUGCUACUAAGAAAAUUGUCAAGAAUUCUAUCAAAUAUCCUGAGCCAAAUGUCUUUUGAUAAAAGACGUGUUUUACUAAUUGUUUGUGUAUCACAAGAGUUUUUUGUGUGUUUGGUGAUGAAGGAAAAAAAAAAUACUAUAUCAUUUUGGUGAGACUAAAAAUAAAAUAGUUUUGCCUUUAUUCUGUAUUCAAGGCUUUGAUGUAUUUUUUUUUCGA